UCUUUUCCUCCGCCUCCCUUCCCUUGGAAGAUCUCUAUGAUCUGAAGGGCCGUGCGCGCUGUUACGGAGGGAGUGGCGCCAGUCUCUGCGUGGUUUCCUUCUCCGGGCUCCGCCGUACUCUUCGCAGGCGGAGCGGUGCUUUCUUAAACGGAACCGGGAUGCCGUCAUAAGGUGACUAUGGAGAUCAAUGGCCUCCCGCUGGAGUUGUGGCGCCUGAUCUUGUCCUACUUGCGCCUUCCUGACCUGGGUCGCUGCAGCUUGGUGUGCAGAGCUUGGUAUGAACUCAUCCUCAGCCUAGACAACACCCGAUGGAGGCAGCUGUGCCUCGGCUGUAUCGAAUGCCGGCACCCAAACUGGCCCAACCAGCCUGACGUGGAGCCCUGGUCGUGGAGAGAAGCCUUCAAGCAGCAUUAUCUAGCUUCAAAAACUUGGACCAAGAACAGUCAAGACCUUGAAUCUUCCAACUGCUUCUACUUGUUCAGGAGGAAAAAGGACCGGCGCGUCCUUUCUGUCGGACCCGGCUGCGAGUUUGACAAUCUCCGGAGCGCCUUGCUUUCAGCAGGUGUUUAUGACAGAAUUGUACUGCUGCCUGGAGUGUAUGAAGAGCAGAGUGAAAUCUUCCUUAAGGCCCCAGUGGAAAUUAUGGGGAGAGGCAAACUUGGUGACGUGGCCCUCCUGGUGAGCUUUAACCAGCACUGUCCAACCAUGAGGUUAUGCAAUUUGGUAUUCAUGCCAGCCUGGUUCACUCCCAUCAUAUAUAAGACAACCUCGGGCCAUGUCCAGUUUGACAACUGCAACUUUGAGAAUGGUCAGCUGCAGAUCCACGCCCCGGGAACCUGCCAAGUUAAAUUCUGCACAUUCAACCAGUCCAGCAUCAAUUUCCACAGUGUGGCCAUCUCUCUCCUGAAAAACUGUGAGUUUGUUGGGAGCGAAAAUGCCUCCGUGAUGGUGGAAGGUUGCCCAUCUGUGGACAGGAACUGGGCCUGCAAGCACUUGACCAUGUUGGCCAAGUCCCGCUCUGUUUUACUACAGACAGCAGAGCCACCUCUUUGUAGCAUGUCAAAGCUGGAAAGCCAGGGACAUCUGCUAAUGAGGAGUGUAAGGACCUGUGAAAUUAUUGUAGGUGGAGACCCGAGUAACACGAUUCCUGCUUUGCAAACUCAAGUGAUGCCGAAGAAGGGCUGCGAGAAGGAGAGUGACAAUGCUGGGAAUCUUACCAUGGCCCACAAGGAGGAGGCUGUGACCAUGGAGACAGAUUCCAGCGACAGCGAACUGAGCAUGAGCAGUGAGAACGAGGAGGAUGACGAGUCGAUAUACAAAUUGCCUUAUCAGGCCCAUAGCCUGAGCCACAUGCUGGCCAAAGUGAUUCAUGGCAGGCCACAAACCAAUGGUUUAACGGCCCUUCAGAAUGACUAUGAGCUAAAAACUCUGCAGCAGGAGCUACAAAAAGACAAAGACACCCAAUCUCUUGCCAACGCCAUGCAAGGCUGCCUUGUUCAGAAGUGCCUCUUCAGGGACGGAAAGGGUGGAGUCUUUAUUUGCUCACAGGGGCAAGCUAGAGUGGAAGGGAGCAUCUUCCGGGACUUGACCUAUGCUGUGCGAUCCAUACAAAACAGUAAGGUCAUCAUGCUGAAGAAUGACAUUCACCAUUGCAAGACCUCAGGGAUAUUUCUGCGUCUUGGUGCGGGAGGCUUGAUUGCAGAAAACAACAUUCAUUCCAAUUGUGAAGCUGGUGUGGACAUUCGGAAAGGAGCCAACCCUCUGAUCCUGUGUAAUAGGAUCCACAGUGGCCUUCGCUCUGGCAUUGUUGUCCUUGGCAACGGAAAAGGCAUCAUCCGUAGCAAUCAAAUAUAUGGUAAUAAGGAGGCUGGCAUUUACAUUCUGUAUAAUGGCAACCCUCUGGUGAGUGGAAACCAUAUUUUCCAAGGUCUUGCUGCUGGCAUAGCUGUGAAUGAGAAUGGAAGAGGCCAAAUAACAGAAAACGUCAUCCGGGAGAACCAGUGGGGAGGCACUGAUAUCCGUCGUGGAGGUGACCCUGUCCUCAGAAGUAACCUAAUCUGCUGUGGCUAUUCAGAUGGAGUGGUUGUUGGGGAACGUGGGAAAGGACUCAUAGAAGGAAACACCAUUUAUGGUAACAAAGGCUGUGGCAUCUGGAUAAUGUCAUCCAGUCUCCCCCAUAUCACAAAUAACCAAAUUGGGCACAAUAGCAUCUACGGGAUUGCAGUGUUUUGCCGCAAGGAUGAUGCCAAUGACUAUCUUGCCAACCAAGGGGGCAACGAGAACUUCAACGAUGAAGGAGAAGCUGCCAACUGGGAGAACGAGCUGGAGAGUGAGGACGAACGCUUGACUUCCCGGAGGCCCAUCAGUGUAGCUCUUGUGGAGUCAAACAACAUCAACCACAAUGGAGCUGCUGGUUUGUACAUCAAGAGCAGCGAAGCCCUGAACAUAAUAGGAAAUGCCAUCCACGCCAACCACGACUGUGGGGUUGCCGUGUUUCAGAGCUCACAGCUCACGAGAAUAGCAAACAACAGCAUCUCUUGCAACAGCCUCGGUGGUGUCCUAGUGGAAGCAGAGUGCAGGGUGGACCUACGCGGCAAUGGCAUUUAUGACAACAGCAGCCACGGUGUUGCCUGCAAGGGUGACGGGAUCGUCACUGAGAACGACAUUUUAGGAAACCAGGGCUGCGGCCUCAAGUUGUUCCAGACGUCUGACAUGAAGGUAACCAAGAACAGAAUCCACUCCUUUCGAGGUUAUGGGAUUGAGAUGCUUGAUCAGACCAAGGCCUUGGUGCAAGACAACCUGAUUUUUCAAGGGAAGUCCAAAAAGAGCAUUUUGCAGCAGGUUUCCAGCGUGGAAGGCUGUAUCAUUCAGAAUAAUAAGCUCCUGGCGUUCAAAAAAAGGUCUGAUGUUGCCUGGACCCUGGAGAACCCCCCAGCACGGCCUCAUAUUGAAGGAGCCUCCCGAGGCGUGUCAACAGCUGGGAAUAGUCAAAAAGUCUCCAAUAUGACAGCCAGGAUCGCUGCUAGAGUGGAUAGCGGCUGCCAUAACAAUGGGAGCAUCUUUUGCACAAUUGUGUGAUCCUUCUGCAUUUUCCUUGGCCUUUUCUUCAGUUCAGAGACUGAACUAGAAGUUUGCCCUAUGGGUGCUCAUUGCGAGAGUGAAUGAGCUUACAUUCAGUUCCUUUUUAUUUAACCUACCAGCACACUAGCCACAAAACGUAGGGAUGGAAAUGUGGUCACAGCAGGCUACAUUCCUCCCCAGCUGGCUUUGGUCCAUUCUUAGUUCCUUGGGACAGUUGCCUCUGCUGCCUCAUCUGCACCCUUACCUCAGGCGCCAGCCACCUCCUCUGGUCCCUUUCAGUCCUCUUCAGCUGUAGCCCAUCCCUGGGGCGAGGUUACUAAGGGAGAAAAGCAGUGCCUUUGUGACAUCAGCAGCCACUAGACCAACCUUUGCUCUUGUCUAAGACCUCUUUGCCCCUUUCCUUAGUUAUGCUGGUUGUUCAGAAUUUGUUCUGGGUUGCGGGAGGGGAUUGGUCUAAAUGGCUGCUGAUGUCACAAAGCGAGGGAAAUCAGCAUUUUCCCUAUAUACAGUUUUUAAGGGGGGGAGGAGCAGUUGCAGGGUGGGCUGCUGGGCCCUCUUCUAGGUGAAAGGUUGAAAGCUUCCCACGUACAUUCUGUUAUCUUCCCCUCCAUCUGUUUUCAGUUGGUUUCUCUCCUGCCCAUAAAAGCAAAGUGACGGGGGUGAGUAGAUAAACAGGAGUGGCUCCAUCGUAGAGGAUUUUCUCCCGUUUGACAAAUAUCACCAGCUAAUUAUUUAAUAUGUUUUUCCCCCUUUCUUUCUUAAAACUAUUGUUAGUGAUUGCCAAAAGGCUAGUUGGUCUGGAUGCCAAUGUAAUGCUGAAUGCCUAGCCCUAGUAUUGGUCUCUUUAGUAGACAGUGAAAGAACCUUGUAGCUUGAAAUCAAUCCCUGUUUCCUCCCAUGGAUGGCAGUUUUGUUUUCUUCUGUGCUGAGAAGUAGCCCAGUUUAUAGUCAUAGUGUCCAGGACAUGGCAAACAGAAGCCAGAGCUUAAUUGUAAAUUGGAAUAUGUUGACUCUUCAAAAAGGCAAACAGAUACACUUGGAGUCCUUCAGGACCAUUGUGCGAAGUUUCAGCAAAAGAACAUAGUGUCUCUUGUACUCUGCAAAUCAUUUCUUACAGGAAGAACAUGUAACUUACUCUGUCCAGCAGGAUCAAAAAUGGGUGCUGUUGGCUUUUAAAAUGUACAAAAUGGACUUCUAGAGAUCUGGCAAUUAUUUGUAGGCUGGGGUAGCUCAGAACCUGAAACUAAUUUAAGCAGGAGGACCAAAUAGAGAGUCUGAAGAGUUUGCACAUUGUGCCUUUGAAAAUUAUCUCACUUUAUCCCUCUACAAGAGAAAAUGGAUCUCUACAUUUCUGGGCAAAAGGUAUUCAUGAAACCCCUUGGCCUAAAUAAUGGGACGAUUGCCUCUUUUAUAAAGAAACAAACUGAAGCUGGUUGUUGGUAAAUAAAACGGAAAAAUA